AUGGCCCAAAAACUCAUCGUCGUCGUAGGAGCCACGGGCAAUCAAGGUGGUUCCGUUGCCCGCCGCUUCCUGGCUGCAGGCUACCGCGUCCGCGCUCUCACACGCGACACUUCUUCCACAUCCGCUACUGGCCUGGCCGCUCUCGGGUCCGAUGUGGAGCUGGUGAGCGCGGACCUCGAAAACGUGGAAUCCAUCGAAGAAGCAUUCCAGGGUGCAAAUGUCAUCUUCAGCGUCACAAACUACUGGGAGCCCUUCUUCCGGCCAGACUGUCGCUUCAAGGCGAAGGAGAAGGGCAUCUCCUGCCGGAAGUUUGCAUAUGAUGUAGAGUUGCGCCAAGGACGGAAUAUUGUCGACGCCGCGGCCAAGACCGUGGAAUCGCUCGACGAUAACGGAUUUUUGGUUUCGACCCUCAGUCACGCUGAGAAGUGCAGUGGUGGAAAGUUCAAGGAGCUGUAUCAUUUUGACUCCAAGGCUGAGAUCUUCCCUGGCUACGUGAAUGAGAAGUAUCCCGAGCUUGCGGCAAAGAUGUCGUGCAUUCAUACAGGCUACUUCUACACCAGUUACAACAUUCUUCCCAACUCAUACUUCGGAAAGAACCCCGAUGGCACAUUCACAAUGGCGUUCACCACCUCUCCCGACAAGCCCGUCCCGCACUUCUCACCCGUCGAUGAUAUGGGCAACUUCACCUACGCCGUUUCCCAGAUGUCUCCCGGCAAGGCUUACAUGGCUGAAGGAACGACUGCCACUUGGCCCCAGUUCCUCGACACAUGGGCGAAGGUGAACGGAGUACAAGCAAACUAUAAGCAAAUCACACCGGAAGAGAUGAUCGAGGCGACUGGAGAGCGCGACACCGGCCUUGAAGUCGCGUACAUGUUUUCCUAUUCCUCAGACCCAGGCUAUGAUGGUGGCAUGGACCUGCUGACUGCAGCUGAUAUCAGAAAGACUGGCGUUGAUUGUCCCAUGACGACUUGGGAAGAGUGGUCGAAACAGAAUGACUGGUCCUCUGUAUUAGACAAAUAAUGGGUAUGACAGCUUGGUUAUGCUGAGACGAGCUAGACAUAGAUUAAAUUGAACAAUACUAUUCCCUCC